CCUACCGCUCUUAGUCUGUGCAUUACAGUGAGAGAAUAGGUUUAGUCCAUACCCGUGCGAACGGUAAUCUGACAUAACAGCGAUACACUGCCUAACGCAUCAGCUGUGCUCCAGCCGGACUGAGGAUGCGAUGAGGAGAUGUACCGUAUUAUGAAGAGAAGUGGACCUACAUGUGAAGACUUGUGGACAUAGCAGAGCGCACCGCAAAAUGAAGACACCGAUGCGGCAUGGCGUGGCUGUGUUUCUAGUGAUUACCAUGUGUACCAGCUUGUUGUUCGUGUACAACGCCAGCUACAACAACGCGUCAAGAGAUCGUAGCGAUGUGGACAGUGGACAGAAAGAACCCGCCAAAACAAAUGCCAAGCCCCAAAAACCGCAGAUAUCAACUUUACAGGGAUACAGCAGCAUCAUCGAUCAAAAGACUCUGAAGAUGCACUGCAACAGCUGCGCCCUGGUCACCAGCUCGGGCCACCUGACGGACGGCGGGCGCGGGGACGAGAUCGACCGCACGGAGUGCGUCAUCCGCAUGAACGACGCGCCCACGGCGGGCUACCGCCGCGACGUGGGCCAGCGGACCAGCCUGCGCGUGGUGGCGCACUCCAGCAUGCAGCGCGUGCUCCGCAGCCGCCAGGAGCUGCUCAACGCCAGCCAGGACACCGUCUUCAUCUUCUGGGGCCCCGGCAACUACAUGCGCCGCGACGGCAAGGGCCUGGUCUACAACAACCUGCGGCUGAUGAACCAGGUCCUGCCCCGCCUCAAGGUCUACAUCAUCUCCCGGCAGAAGAUGCUGCAGUUCGACGAGCUCUUCAAGAGGGAGACGGGCAAAGACAGGAAGAUUUCCAACUCCUGGCUGAGCACAGGCUGGUUCACCAUGUCCAUCGCUCUGGAGCUGUGUGGCAGGAUCAAUGUCUACGGCAUGGUUCCUCCAGAAUUCUGCAGGGAGCCUGCCCACGUCUCGGUCCCGUAUCACUACUACGAGCCUUCAGGGCCGGACGAGUGCACCAUGUACAUCUCCCACGAGCGCGGUCGCCGCGGCAGCCAUCACCGCUUCAUCACCGAGAAGCGCGUCUUCGCCAACUGGGCCCGGACGUUCGACAUCCACUUCUACCAGCCCGAAUGGACCCCGGCGCCCGACGGCGGGAACAGGACGGCACCGCCGGCCCCCUCCGGCGCACCCGGCGACGCGACCGCCGCCACCGGCAACACGUGACUCCUCACGGCGCUAGGCAACAGCGCGGCCAUACGGUCGGACUAGCGCGGGCAGGACCCCCCCCUCCAAAAUCCCCUCAACCACCAAAACCGAUGCUUUUUUUUUUGCUUUUUUUCCCCCCUGGACGGUUCUCUCCUCUUAAUAUCCCGCCUCUUCUUCUCAUUUACAAACUCAUUCUGAGUUCUAUGCCUUUUUGAUCAUGAGUUUGCUCAACCCAAGAACAGAAAAAAAGCAGCAAAUGGUUUACAGGUGAUUAAUGAGCCUCCAUGUAUUGGCCCUUUGUGCUGUCAGGGACAAUAGCAGGGUUCAAUAUAUUAAAGCCAUCAAGUCUGUGUUUCAACAUCACAGUAGUCUGUUCUCAUAGGAUUGCUACGGAAGCCAUUUUUUAUGUUAGGAUUAGAGAAAUGCCAAAAGAGUACUUUUUGCUAGUUGAGAGAUGCUAAGACUUUAGUAGAGGGUUGAAUCAGGGGGAAGAGUAUCUUGAACGUGCCAAAUAGUUUCUCUUACUCAAUUUGGAGAAUUAUGCUUUAUUUAAACAUGCUACGCUCCUACGUAACGUUUUUAAUGAAUGUUUUGUAUGCUAUUUAUUUUGAAUUAUUUGUGAAAAGCAUUCAGUUUUGUCAUUUCAAAUGAUGUGCGAGUUUUAUUUAAAAAUGCCUGUACAGUCAGGACAAUUCCUUGUUUCUUAUAAUUCCAGGAAUGUUAUGUAAAUAUCUGGGCCACAGCUCACAGAAAAAGUGGUACUUCUUUUCUGAACUUGCAUCAUCAAUACAAACCAAUAUUCAGCAAAUGUAAGACAAUUAAAAUCAAGUCAAAUAGAAACAACUGUUGAACAGGGAACGAUGAGAAAUUUUAGGCGAAAUCUAACAGAACACCAAAUUCCUGUGUUCUUUUAAAUAUUUUGAUAAACUUUUACAAUCCUAUCCAAUCCGUUUUGUCACUUGAAUAACCACUGCUAAGACAGCCAUACUAUUAAAAAAUGUUUGCUUCAUUUGAAUGUACAAACAAAAAAAAAUUUAAAUACAAUAUAAACAGAAAAAUGCAA